AUGGAUCGAAGCUUAGAAGAUAUGAAAUUCAUUGGCUUCUUCGGCAUCUUCAAACAAUCAUUCACAACCAUCUUCUCAUGGAAGAAAAUCUUCGCACAAAUCACUCUUACCUUAAUCCUUCCUCUCACAAUCAUCUUCUUAGCUCACAUCGAAAUCUCCCGUUAUUUGUUCUGGAAACUCGAACGAAAUUCAUUGCUGCUUGACACUGAUUCCUACUAUCGACUCCACGUAAGCGCCAUCGAAUGGCUCUACUACGUCCUGUUCAAAAUCGCCUACUUCAUCUUCCUCACCGUCUUCUCCCUCCUCUCCACCGCCGCCGUCGUCUUCACCGUCGCUUCCAUCUACAGCGACCGAGAAAUCGUUUUCCAAAACGUCAUGAAAAUCAUCCCAAAGGUCUGGAAACGGCUCCUUGUCACUUUCGUAUUCAUAUACCUGGCGUUCUUCAUCUACGACAUAAUCGGCGAAGUGGCGCUCGCUAUAACCAGAUCUAUCUUCAAUUACUCAACCCUGAGUUUACUCCUUACGCUUAUCAUCCGAAUUUUAUACGUUAUAGGUUUCUUAUACAUUGUAUUUGUUUGUGAAUUGGGUAGCGUUGUUACAGUUCUGGAAAACAGCCAUGGAUAUAGAGCUUUGAGGAAAGGUAAGGAUCUGGCGAAUGGGAAGAAGAAAGUGGGAAUGGGAAUUGCAUUCGUGUUGUAUGGUUUUUUGGAGGGAUUGCUUGUUGUGUAUCAGUGGUUCGUAGAAUAUGGGGGAGUAAAUUUCAAUUUGGCGAUGGUUUGGAGGGUGAUGAUCGGAAUCUUAUGUGGGUUUCUGCUUUUGAUGUUCUUGCUGCUCAUCGUUGUGAUCCAAACAGUGCUUUAUCUGGUCUGCAAAUCGCAUCAUGGAGAAGCCAUUGAUAAGCUUAGUUUAUCGACGUUUUUAGGAGCUUAUAUGGGGGAGACGGUGGUGUAUCCUACAGCCGGCGAGGAAGUCCAGCUUGGAAGACCUCCACAUCAAUUGAUCCAAUGUUUGUGUUGCCAAGAAGUUGAUCCAAGAUUGCAAGCUAGAGAUCGUCAAUCAGCUUCCGCCUUCCGCCCCAAUUUCCCAGGCCCCAUCCUCAAUCUUCGUUCAAUCGCAACUCGCAAGUCACUCCGCCAAAUUGAAUCCGUUCAUCGCCUGUCGCCACUCGCCUACUUGUCGCGACGUCGCCUGCCGGAGUGCCGGGUGUUGCACCACUGCGGACUGCGGUGUUGCUACGAUGCUACCUGGCACCUGCAGGCUACUCAGCUGCUGCUAUUUUGCUCAACUGCUGCAAUCCCCAAUUCCCAAUUGGCCAAUUCCCCAUCCUCAGAGAGGACAUUGGAGAUCUUAGACGAUGUCAUUAUUUUAGGAUUGGAAGCAAUGGAAAUGGAAAUCGAGGGAGGUGGGUGGUGCGAGCUUGAAAUGGGUGGGAAACAAGAGGCUUGGUGGAGAUGA